CGCGUCGCUAGCGUUGCUGACGUCACCGGGCAGUGGGCUCUGUCUCUUAACAGGCGAGUGCCGAUGUCUCAGAGUUACUUCGGGGAGUAAACAGUCCACAACAUUGGUCUUCGUGAACUGUUGGGAUACUUGCAUCGUUCUGAAUAAUCAGGUUUAUAAACAUCAGCCAUGGUAGACAGAACGGCUAGAAUGCUUCUGCUUAUAGCAGUUGCAGCGAUGGCCGUGCCAUUUCUACAAGGAGCACCUGCUGCCGUCAAUUUUGUAGACAACAUACCCAUCAGCAUCAAGCUUCCAGACAGCGACGAGCUCGUAAAAACUGAUGUCCCCAGCCAGUCCGCCAUACCUGAAUGCCUAAAGUCCCAGGAAGGAGUGACCGAGAACGAACAUGGCCUGGUUGCUCCAGCCGAGGCCUUUACGCAGUGUGCCAGAAAGGAGCUGGGAAGGCUUCAGGAUGAACUGAAGCCCAGCGCCCCAGAACCGGAGGAAUCUUCCGAAGAAGAACCAGUGGAAGACGACGUGCCACCUCCCCCUGAAAAAGCGGCCGCGGGACCUGUAGAACCUGCAGAACCUGAGAGCAAGAAGGAAACGCCACCACCGGCAGAAUCCAAGCCUCACAUUCCUGAGGCCCCACAGAUUCCAGACUUGACGAGCAUCACAGACGCGUUUACCAACGUCAAGCCCAUUGACAAACACCCCACCGUCCUUGCUGAAGUGGUGAAGAUUCUUCAGGUGAUAUUUGACUUCAGGCGCGUGAUGAGCGACAUGCAGCGCAUCCUGCACGGAGACCUGCGUGGCGUUCUGCGCGAGUACCCGGACAGAGCCCGUGGCCUCUUCCACAUGGUUCGCACCCUGCCCACAAGAUUCGCGCUCGCACGCGACAAGGUCGAAGAGGUCAAGGAGGAGAGCCAGGAGCCCGAGUACAUGCAGACCUUGGACGAGCUGCACAACUACCUGACAUCCGCGGGCGCGUCAUCGCAAGAGCUUCCUAACGCCCUCUCCCUUGUGAGCACACUGGACGCGCUCAAAAGCAUCGCGGGACGCCUGCAGAACCACCUGACGGAGGGAUUAGUAGGCCGCAAGAGAGCUGCCGCAUCUAUCUCGGAACCCCCCAAGUCGUCGUCCAAGGUCCUCGCUGACAUCAAGGACAUCUUCACGAUUAUCCCCGAUACGUUCCGCGCCUACGGCCGACGGAGUAAGCUCAACGGAGGCCCGGGCAUCUUCAGUCCGUCGCCCGUGAGUCCACUGAGUCCGUGGAAUCCGCUGAACCCACUGUCACCUAUCAGCCCCGUAUCGGCCGUCGCCAACCUGUCCCCAGUCAACCCGUGGGCUCCCAUAGCCAGGGCGCAAGUGAAGGCUGUGGACGCCGUGUCCAAGCGACUCGUUGACCUCUUCAACGCCCGCACCGGCAGCAACAAAUCGUCUUGCCUGUCGGGUAUUUGCAACCUAAAGCCGUGAAGACAAACAUGCAUUGUUUUAUUCUUGUGGCCAUGGCGUUAUACUGUUGAACGAGAAGUUGCGCCUUCAACCCCCGCGAUGCAUGACGUAUCAUCAAUACUACGCGAAAGAGUGAUGGCGCAAUAUUCUGAUUUCAGCACGACAAAAACACACGCUUACCCUUUAGCAGUAUUUUUCAUACAAUGAAGCAAGUUUUCAUUUGCUGAUACUUGAGCAAUCCAACUACAAAUAAAUAAUUACUAUACUGAUUGGCUUUUUAGUUUUAUAACACAAAAUUGUUUUCAUUGCUUUCUUUCUUGUCAAUUUGCUCUGGAUGGCCAGAAAUUGGCAUCAAUGAGGUGUUCUACUUUUACUGGACGUGGAACUAUACUUGGGCAUUACAGGGAUAACUCCCCACCGCGGCGUUGGCGUACUGCUGUAUGUGGCAAAAUGCAACAAAAGUAAAAUAACAAAUAAAGAUCAAAAUCAAAGAUAUCCAUUCAGAUGGAUAGCACGCUGCUUCGGCAUCCCUUAUCAGCCUUGACAUUUUACACGUCAUAAAGCGAUUGGUAGCAGAGAUUUAGUUUGAAGCCGGUAACAUUGCUUGUAAAAUAUGUGCAAUGAAACGAGGAAGAGUUUCUAAGGUGCUGCUUUCCUUUUUUUUUGACAUUAAGAAAGGAAAUGUUUGGUAGCUGUGGAGCGUCAGUGAAAGACUUGUUCAGCAAAGCGCUAACACCAUGUCCAUUCACUCGGAAGCAAAUAUGUAUGUUUGUAUGUACAAGCGAAUUUGCGAUGCAUCCUGUCAUGUAAUUAUAACAUUGGUCUGUGAUUGUCAGAACGGCUAAUAAACGUUGACGUGUGGA